CCUUUACACAACACCACUGUAUUUCCCUGUAACCGACCGCACUUUUUUUUCUUCUUUUUUCUUUUUUCUUUUGCUCCUAACUUACUCCUGUGUGCACUCCGCCCAUCCCCCCCACCUAUCCACCAUACUACUCGUACACACAUAACAGGCCGGCAUACAUAUGAUACAUACACACAUACAUACGUCCAUAGACUGCCAUACUGUCAUACACACGCUUUCGUGAGACCGCUCGUCGCUCCACCCAACACUACCCUCUCUCUCUCCCUUUCUUCAUCCACUUCCCGCAUUUUUGACAUCAGCGGCGACCCGACCUCUGACCCAACUGCCAAACGACGUCGGGGGUUUAUUAUUUAUUUAUUUGUUUUCCCGAGGUUACUACUCUUGCAGCAAUGACCGUCUUGCAAUACUCGUCCUAGCCGGACCCUACAACAAACCAGAUAUCGAUCUCUCGGAUCCGACAAACCGUCCUGGUGUCGGAAUUCGAGAUCUCGGGAUAGAGACCACGUUAAAUUUUUCGAAGCGGUAGAGAUACCCUUACACCUCCAACACAAACAAAAACCACGAGGCCCGAGACCUGAGCUUCCCUAGAUCUUCAGGCUACUCUUUGAGAACUUUUUUUUUAAAACAGAAAAUGGCAUCAGAAGCAGGACCCCGUGCGGUUGGAAAUGCAACCCUCGCUCCCCCGGCAAACAAUGACUUAUCUAUGCGAAGACCUAUGGAGAGAACACCCAGCAUGGCUAUUAAGGCUGAGAAAGAGGAUUUGAAGGAGGCAGCGGAAGAUAGCUUUAAUGUUAUUCUGGAUUUAAAUUUGGAUGGCAAUGUACGAUGGGUUAGUCCUUCGUGGGAAGAUGUUAUCGGGACCGCCCGUGGAUCGGUUCAAGAUAGGCCCAUCGCAGAUAUCCUUCUAGAUGAUAGAGAGGCGUUCAAGAAUGCCGUUGAGACUAUGCAAAAUGAUGACUCUAGGAGCUUUAAGGUUCGCUUUUCCGUGCUUGUGGGACCCAAGUCCAAAUUGGCUAGAGAUCCUGCUGCGGGUGCGGCUUUGGCAUCCGAGGAAGAGGCAUUCCUAAUGGAAGGAGUGAGAGAAGAAGAGAAUGUAUUGACCCUAGAGGGUCAAGGUAUUUUGAUCUACGACAAAACAUCUGGCGAGGCUAGUCAUACAAUGUGGGUGAUUAGACCCUUUGUGGAACCUAACGAAAUCACUAUCGACCUCCCCUCAGUUCUGGUCGAGUCGCUUGGUGUUGGUGCUGGGAUGCUGGCUCGUUACCUGACCAGUUUGGCAGAACAAGGUGCCGUAGACCCAGCCAACAAUCCUCCGCCAAUGCCCGUGCUUUGUCGGAUCUGUGAGCGACAAAUUCAGCCUUGGUGGUUUGAGAAGCAUUCGGAGCUUUGCAUGUUGGAACACAAGGCAGAAAGCGAUGUUCAACUAUGCCAGGAGAACUUGGGCAUGCAUAGACAUGCAAUUGUCAAAAUUCUAGAUGCAAUGGAGCGACGUUCUUCUCGGCCAGUUUCCGGUGAGAUUAGCGUUGCGUCUUCGCCAAUCGAAUACCGGGGGUUACCCAUAGGCCCUUCGUCGUCAACUCCAUCCUCCGGUACCGCUUCUCCGGCAACACCACCUUCAAGGCCUCGCGACUCCUCCGCUGGAGGAUUAGGCCGUUCUCGCUCAUUCCCCGCACGACGGCCAUUAGUGCGAAUUGUGGAGCUGCUACUCGAUUUGUGUGAUACUGCAAUGGAGGUCAGUACACCGGCCAUUAAGGAGUCCUUUGGAGCCGUUGAAUUAGGAACCUUCCGUACACAAUCCCCGCAAUCAGAAGCGCGUAUCAAUCAGGUCCUUCAGUGGUCAUCGCCCACCACGAAUACUUUAGAUGAGGAGAAAGGAUUAGCGUUACUAUGUCAAGAUUCAGAGGCUGUUGCUAAAGCUAAGGUAGAAGCUGUAUUCCGUCACCGAAACACCAUCGAAUACUCCGAGCGUAUACGGCUGGAAUUUAGUAUGCUUGUCCAAGAUUGUAUCGACGAGGCGUUACGAAAGGCUUCUGAGUUGGCAAGUGAUGCUCUGGACGAGGAGUAUAGUGAUGGUUCGGACAUUGAAGAUGAUACCCCCUUUUUUGCAGCCUCAUUCGGACCAGCCUUACAGAGAAAUAAUAGCUCUCUUGGCCCCCCACGGGGGCGUCUGAGAAGGCAUUCUUCACCUGCGGAGUCGGGUUCCACGAGCCCAAUGGAAUGUUCUACACCCAAAUCCCAGCAAAGCUUGAAGAGGGUGAAUAGUAGACGGCAAAAGGCAGGGCAUCGUACCAGCAUGCAUUUUGAGAAUGAAGGGGCAGAUAGUGAUACGAGUGGAAGAUCAUCGCUUGCCGCUGCUAUGGGGCAUCCGCAGACAGAGAGCCCUGUCUCUGACCACGAACUGACGGCGAGUAGGAUAUACGCUGCCAGAGAUAAGAGAAGGCAAAACAUAUCCAUGACAGGCGGUAACUCUCCGAGGCGCCAGGCGUCGCCCGCUAGGAUUGCGCCUUCAUCGUCUCCACUUAGGAUUCAAAAGCCUCGGUCUGUCUUGUAUGACAGUAUGCCCACACCAAUAACCUCCCCUUUGCUUUCUACCGGCGAUUUUUCUCCUGCCAUUGAUGCCUUUCAUCAUAAGCGGCAGUCCUCGGUGACCUCAUCAGAUCAGUUUGGCAAGCCACCAGUUUCCCCGCGGCUCUCCGGUGUAAACCCCACACAACAAAACCGUGCUGUGCCUCCCUCUAUCAAAGAUUUUGAAAUCAUCAAACCUAUCAGCAAGGGUGCUUUUGGUAGUGUUUAUUUGUCUAAGAAGAAGUCCACGGGGGAUUAUUUUGCAAUCAAAGUGUUAAAAAAGGCAGACAUGAUUGCGAAGAACCAGGUUACAAACGUCAGGGCAGAGAGAGCUAUAAUGAUGGUACAGGGAGAAAGCGACUUUGUUGCCAAGUUAUUCUGGACAUUUGCGAGCAAAGAUUAUCUUUAUUUGGUGAUGGAGUAUCUGAAUGGAGGUGAUUGCGCUGCACUCAUCAAGGUGUUAUCUGGUCUUCCCGAAGACUGGGCUCAAAGAUAUCUUGCCGAAGUAGUUCUUGGGGUAGAGCAUCUUCAUAGUCGAGGAAUAGUUCACCGUGACUUGAAGCCUGACAAUCUUUUGAUUGAUCAGAAAGGGCACCUCAAGCUCACCGAUUUUGGACUAUCCCGGAUGGGAUUAUUGGGAAGACAGAAGCGGGCCCAGACUCAGUCUUCUGAGAGUACCCCCGAUCUGUUGAAACAAGGCCCUUUCACCAGGUCGAGGUCAGAUAAUAACCGAAAUGGGCAGGAUGAGAUGAGUGAUUGGUGGUCCCUCGGUUGCAUUUUGUUUGAAUUUUUGUACGGGUAUCCCCCCUUUCAUGCGGAUACUCAUGAUAAGGUGUUUGAGAACAUAUUGAACCGGAGGAUCGAUUGGCCAGAUCCAGAGGAUGACGACGUCUCAGACGAGGCAAAGCAUUUGAUGAACCGGCUCAUGUGUACAGACCCUAACCAGCGACUGGGUGCGAAUGGCGCCGAGGAGGUUAAAAGGCACCCGUGGUUUGCAAGUCUCAAUUGGGAGACUCUACUUGAAGAGCAGCCAUCAUUCGUGCCGACGCCCCAAGAUCCCGAAGAUACGGAAUAUUUUGAUUCUAGAGGCGCAACCUUGCAGCCGUUUGUGGAGGAAUUUGAAGACCAGUCUACCUCGCCUCAGGUCUUAACACCUGGUGCAGAUUUGCCGCAGCGCCCACACGAUGCGGUGUCCCGCACGAGAAGAGAGGUCAAUUCUAACAAGCGGGGGCUCAUGCCUCUUUCAAUUCCUCCCCAUGUCCGUGAAGGAAGGAAUAGACGGCUUAGUGAACCCAAUGCUCAAGAUGAUUUUGGUCCCUUUGCAUUCAAAAAUCUACCCGUUUUAGAGAAAGCCAAUAAGGAUGUCAUCCAAAAACUUCGAACAGAGGCGCUCAAGUCCACACCGGCUCUCGCUACAUCUAACCCCUCAUCGCCUUCGGCGGAGGGUAGUCCUAUCCUCUCCUCCAAAUCAUUAUCCAGGACUCUAUCCAAUCCUUCCAAGAACGGUGGAAAACGCCCUGUUUCUCCAUCAAACUUGCACCACUCCAACUCCUCCCCUGCUCGUACUUCGCAACCUUCGUCACCACUCUUGAUGUCAUUCACAGCGACGGGGAUUAGUGAGAGAAGGAAAGCUUCUAGCGCUAGCGCAUCGUCUAGUCACCCUACAAUGGCGCCACAACCGGGCCCUUUUGUUGAUAUACCGCGAAGUGCUGGAUCACAACCCUCCCCAUCAAAGCAUCCUCUUCACCGACGAAGUGCUAACCCCCGUGUGAGGUCACUCACUAUCGGGUCCACAGAUAGCGAACCAGGGUGCCUGCUGGAGAGCUUUAGACACCAGAAGAGAAGGAGCCAAGUUUUUGACAUCUCGCCCUCGUCUUCCGAUAACGAAGACUUUAAAAGUAGCGCUCUCUUGCGGGUGCAGCGGCGACGGCAAAGCUCUAGGAGGAUGUCUAACAUCAGUUUGACUGAGGGUAGUCCAAUGUUCCGGCCAUUGGAUGUUUUAGUGUGUGAGGAUCAUCCAGUCUCCAAGUUGGUUAUGGAGAGGCUAUUGGAAAAAUUGAGAUGUAGAACCAUCUGUGUUGACAACGGUGCAGAAGCUAUGCGCUAUGCCAUGGGCGAAGUAAAAUUUGAUAUUAUUCUUAUGGAAUUCAAACUCCCCCAGAUCAAUGGCGAAGAUGUGGCGCGGAUGAUUCGCUCAAGCAAGAACCCCAACUCGAACACGCCAAUUGUUGCAGUAACAGGAUACCUCAAGGACCUUAGUGACCCUCACCACUUCACUGAGCUAAUAGAGAAACCUGCAACACCAGUGAAGUUAACAGAUGUUCUGGAGAGGAACUGCAAUUGGAAGCCGCCCAAUACAGAGCGACCAACGCUUGCUGAUAGGAAAGAAUCACCCAGCGCCCAGGAGCCAUCCAGAUCCGGGGAGGAAUCCGGGCGAGUAUCCCCGGGGGUCGAGAGAUUUAUGUCCAGUCACAGAGCGGGGCCCCGCUUUUCUGAGCAAUUCUCAUCUAUGGAUGAAGAUGAAACCGCGUCUGUGGCAAGCGGUACCGAGCCUAUUAUGAUUUCACGUUCCACGACGAAUGAGUGGGAAAAGUUGUAUAUCGGGAAGAACUCCACCCCGAGGUCUAGUACACCACCCUCUACUACAUCCUCAAAUGCUCCACAGGCAACGGGCUUUGCGCACCAUGAAACCGCACCACCCAGGCUGCACUCAAGCUCCAUUGAACGGAUGCCCUCUCCGCUGUCGACGCACAUAAGCGCUGGAAUGUUGGAUAAUAUCCCUCCACCGCUUCCAUCGCCGCCGGAAAUGACUCCACUUCCACCAUCCAUAACUUCUACGCCAAUAUUUUCCGCCCCCACUACUGAUCGCUCCAGGUCUCCGUUAUCGGUUGCCUCCGUGCCCACACAGCCUAAAACACCUCCACCAUCCAUGGAAAGACUAAACAUGUUACCCAAGAUAUCCUCUCCCCGAGGAACCCAUAGUCCCCCCGAGGAGUUGGCGAAGAAAUCACCGCCCAAAAAUAUCUCCUGGAUUAACCCGCCUUCUCCCACAAAGACCAGGGAACCGUUUGGCCCAUCGGUGAUGAUGAGUAGUUCUUCUCCGGAGUCUAAGGCCAAGACAAAGAGAACAUCGUGGGAGAAAAAGAAGGAGAAACAAGAGAAACAGCAGAACCAACACCUCAGGCCAGAGGAUGCGGAUGCUGAUGAUGAACUUUCUACAGCUGGCGGAAAGAGACCGAGUAAGAGCAAGAGUAUAUCAGAAAUGUUUAGUCGGGUCAGAAGAGGAGGAGCAGCUCCUGAGAUGAAGAGGAGCAAAAGCGACAAAGGGGAGAGCUCUGAAGGGAAUAGCGAGCUCGGAGGGGCCCUUGGAGAUCCUCCCAAGAUCGAUCAUUGACCUUUACUCCCCUUUUCCCUUAUCUUGCUAAUUUUUUCCUACCAUUCACGAAGGGUCGCCGCUAGGAUUGAGCUUGGUUUUGUUUUACUUCCCUUUGUUUCAGGUCAGAUGGUACGGAAUGGCGUUGUGAAUGAGCGGUGUUUUUGUUUUUUUCCUUCAACGGUAUCUUUUGUCUGUCUACGGUUCUGGAGGCAGGAUGGGAUGUGGGAAGGGGUUGGUAUUUUUUUAGACCCCUUUCUCACGAAACUAUCUAGUUCUAUUACUAUCCCUUUUCGCCGAGAGCCCUCUUAUAUUCCCCUCUUUUUUCUUCCCUUUCUUACCCUUAUCUUUAACGUCUCCUUUUCCUUUUUUCCCCCUCAUCUCAACUUCAUUUGCAGACACAGGAAAGUGUCUGGGACAAGAGCCAAAUCGAGCAAAGAAACGGAAGGCACCAUACAUACUUGGUAUAGGGUAGUGCUGAAGGAAGGUCCAAAAAAGAAAACAAGGAUCCGGCAAAAUGGACACCAAAAAAAGGGAAAAAUGGCAAACGGAGGUCAAAAGUCCUUUUUUUCUCCUUCAUCUCGGAAGCCAAAAGGGAAUCGCCCUACGCUUUCAUCUCGAUGACGAGCGGACCGGCACGGAGGGUAGUAAUGAGAACGACUGUAGAACACA